AUGGGACAAGUGGGUUUGGCCACUUCAUUUUUCACUGACAAAAAUCAAAAUGUUGUCCGUGAUUUGAUCGAAUUACUUCGUGAAUCGAAGCAGCCUGUACCAGAUUGGCUUAAUUCACGUUCCACUAUGCUCUCAGUUGAAAACGGUGGGCGUGGAAAGCGACGGUCCGGUGGCGGAGGUCCAGGCAACGGAGUAAAUCAAAACCGACGGUGA